UUCGCCUUCCUCACCAGCGCUCGCAACAUCGCGGGACGGGAGCACAGUGACACGAGUCAGCAGCAGAGCAGCCAGCCAUGGCCGCCUCGAAGCUUGACCGCACCCCGAGCAUCCGCGAACGCGUGGAGGACACCCUCCACGCCCACCGCAACGAGCUCGUCGCCCUCCUCUCCAAGUACGUGAGCAAGGGGAAGGGGAUCCUGCAGCCGCACCGCAUCCUCGACACGCUCGACGAGGUCCAGGUCUCCGGCGGCAGCGCCUUCGCCGAGGGCCCCUUCCUCGACGUCCUGCGCUCCUCCCAGGAGGCGAUCGUGCUGCCGCCGUUCGUGGCCAUCGCGGUGCGGCCGCGGCCGGGGGUUUGGGAGUACGUCCGCGUCAACGUGCACGAGCUCAACGUCGAGCAGCUCAGCGUGUCGGAGUAUCUCCGCUUCAAGGAGGAGCUCGUCGACGGCCAGCACAAAGACCCCUACGUGCUGGAGCUUGACUUUGAGCCAUUCACUGCCUUAAUCCCACGUCCGAGUCGGUCAUCGUCGAUUGGAAAUGGCGUGCAGUUUCUCAACAGGCACCUGUCCUCGAUUUUGUUCCGCAACAGGGAUUGCCUGGAGCCCCUGCUUGAUUUCCUUCGCGAGCACCGGCACAAGGGGCAUGUGAUGAUGCUAAAUGACAGGGUACAGAGCGUGGGAAGGCUUCAGUCUGUCCUGACCAAAGCUGAGGAGCACCUGUCGAAGCUCCCAUCUGAAACACCAUAUUCACAAUUUUCCAAUCAAUUUCAAGAAUGGGGCUUGGAGAAAGGUUGGGGUGAUACAACUGAACAUGUCUUAGAGAUGAUACAUCUCCUUCUGGAUAUUCUUCAAGCACCAGAUCCAUCUACACUAGAGACAUUCUUGGGGAGGAUCCCAAUGAUCUUUAAUGUUGUGAUAGUUUCACCUCAUGGAUACUUCGGUCAAGCUAAUGUGCUGGGCAUGCCAGAUACUGGAGGGCAGAUUGUUUAUAUAUUGGACCAAGUUCGUGCUUUGGAGGAUGAAAUGGUUCUUAGGUUAAAAAAACAAGGCCUUGAUGUUACCCCUAAAAUUAUCAUUGUUACUCGACUAAUACCAGAUUCAAAAGGGACAUCAUGUAAUCAGCGGCUUGAGAGAAUAAGUGGUACACAGCACACUUUCAUAUUGCGUGUUCCCUUUAGAAAUGAAAAUGGAGUACUCAGGAAAUGGAUUUCAAGAUUUGACGUGUGGCCCUAUCUGGAGAAAUUUGCUGAGGAUGCAGCUGGUGAAAUUGCUGCAGAAUUACAGGGUACCCCAGAUUUCAUAAUUGGAAACUACAGUGAUGGAAAUCUUGUGGCAUCAUUGCUAUCUUAUAAGAUGGGAAUUACUCAGUGCAAUAUUGCUCAUGCACUGGAAAAGACCAAAUAUCCAGAUUCAGACAUAUACUGGAAGAAAUUCGAUGAGAAGUAUCAUUUCUCUUGUCAGUUUACUGCUGAUAUAAUCGCUAUGAACAAUGCUGAUUUCAUAAUCACCAGCACGUACCAAGAAAUCGCUGGAAGCAAAAACACAGUUGGACAGUACGAGAGCCAUACUGCUUUUACUCUUCCUGGCCUGUACCGCGUUGUCCAUGGGAUUGAUGUUUUUGAUCCAAAGUUCAACAUAGUAUCUCCUGGAGCAGACAUGUCUAUAUAUUUUCCAUUCACUGAAAAGGACAAGCGGCUCACUGCCCUUCAUGGUUCAAUUGAGAGCUUGAUUUAUGACCCAGAGCAAAACGAUGUACACAUUGGACAUCUGGAUGACCGAUCAAAACCAAUUCUCUUCUCCAUGGCAAGACUUGACCGUGUUAAAAACAUGACAGGACUAGUGGAAGCUUAUAGUAAAAAUGCUAAGCUAAGGUCGCUGGUAAACCUUGUUGUGGUCGCUGGCUACAACAAUGUCAAGAAAUCAAAGGAUAGAGAAGAGAUCGCAGAGAUAGAGAAGAUGCAUGAACUUAUUAAGACAUAUAACUUGUUUGGGCAGUUCCGCUGGAUCUCUGCCCAGACGAACAGGGCUCGCAACGGUGAGCUGUAUCGCUACAUUGCUGAUACUCAUGGUGCCUUUGUGCAGCCAGCUUUGUAUGAAGCAUUUGGUCUCACUGUUGUGGAAGCCAUGACCUGCGGACUCCCUACUUUUGCAACACUCCAUGGAGGGCCUGCCGAGAUUAUAGAGCACGGGAUCUCUGGUUUCCACAUUGAUCCUUACCAUCCUGAUCAGGCUGCCACGUUGAUGGCUGACUUCUUUGAAAAAUGCAAACAGGACCCCAAUCAUUGGGUUAAGAUAUCUGACAGAGGCCUCCAGCGCAUUUACGAGAAGUAUACAUGGAAGAUUUACUCCGAGAGGUUGAUGACACUGGCUGGAGUUUAUGGCUUUUGGAAGUACGUUUCGAAGCUUGAAAGGCGGGAGACUAGGCGUUAUCUUGAGAUGUUCUACAUAUUGAAGCUCCGUGAGCUGGUGAAGAGUGUGCCGCUUGCAAUAGAUGAGGCGCAUUAACUGUUCCGUCUCCAAUAAAAGUCAUCUACUUAUUUGUCCAGCGAUCGGUGAACUCGCCUUUUUUACUUUACAUUGCGAGUGUUGAACUGGGGUUUGAGUGUGCUCGCUAUGUACAUGAGUGAUUGAUACACUGUUGGCAAAUUGUAUUUUGCCACGUUGCUUGUAUUUUUAAAGCUUCUGCUAAGACAGAAUUCACUA